UGUGCACGUUUAGUUGUAGUACGUGCACCCUCCUCACUCGCCCAGGUGCGAGCAUGAUGUCUUAUCUGAAACAACCACCCUACACAGUCAACGGACUCAGUCUGUCUACUUCGGGGAUGGACCUGCUUCACUCAUCUGUGGGUUAUCCAGGUAAAAUUAAUUUAAAUUGGUUUAUCUUUGUGAGUACAACGCCUCGUAAACAGAGACGUGAGCGGACAACCUUCACCCGGGCUCAACUGGACGUUCUGGAGGCCUUGUUCGCAAAGACACGCUACCCGGACAUCUUUAUGCGUGAGGAAGUAGCCUUGAAAAUUAACCUACCAGAGUCGCGUGUACAGGUGUGGUUCAAAAACCGAAGAGCGAAGUGUCGCCAACAACAACAGCAAACACAGAAUGGCACGCAGAACAAAAUUCGACCUGUAAAGAAAAAGAGUUCUCCAGUCAGAGAAGCCACAUCCGAUGGCAAUGGAAGCGGUCCGUUUACCUCCACAUCAAGCGCUUCUUUACCGGCUAUCUCUACUAGUACUGCUCCUGUGUCAAUUUGGAGUCCGGCCUCCAUUUCUCCACUCUCAGACCCACUCUCUACGUCUUCGUCCUCCUGUAUGCAACGGUCUUAUCCCAUCACCUACACACAGGCGUCGGGAUAUAGUCAAAACUACACUGGUACAUCGUCUUAUUUUAGUGGAAUGGACUGUGGGUCUUACCUUGGACCUGUGCAUCACCAGUUGGCCAGCCACGGAUCGACUCUGAAUCCAGUAAGCACAAAUGCGGUCAGUAAUCAUUUAGGCCCACCAUCCUCGAUCACAAGCCAAGGCUAUGGUUCGUCUGGCCUUGGAUACAGUGCACCGUCAGAUUGCUUAGAUUACAAGGACCAAAGCGCCUCUUGGAAACUCAACUUCAGCGCCGACUGUUUGGAUUACAAAGAUCAGACAUCGUCGUGGAAAUUUCAGGUUUUGUAAUUUUUCUAGAAUGACAAGCUUCAGUAUUAGGUCCAUAGGAAAUAUUGUGCACCAGCAGACAUAUAAGCCGGGCAGCAAAAAGAUGAUAGUAUCAAAGACUGGCAAAGCAAU